ACAAUUUGACAAGUUGCAAGCACUCCACAGAUAUGUGGUUCUGUUUUGUGCACCGAGUUGAAUGGGACGACAUAACAUUUUUGUUUAAAUUGUAUCUCCUUUGAUAUCAUCCAAAUUUCAUCGACAACAUAUCAAUUAUGAUCUUAGCAUUACUUUCUUGACAACGUUAAUAUCUGUUAUAUAAUUUUCAGUGUUUGAUUAGAAAAUUUAAAACUUAGGGUCAACUCAAUUUGAGAAAAUAACUUUCAAUUUUCUAAGCGUAUUAAAACUUACUAAUAUUCACGCAUAUACACACGUUAGUCUCACUCCGGCCAGAGUCAUCAAAGGAAGUUGAGAAGUAUGGACAUUAGAAAGAAACUGCGUGCUUUUCUUGGAAAAGGCUUCAGAACCACCAAAUUCAGAUCGACCAUCAAGCUCGCCGUUGCCCGGAUUUCGAUCCUCAAGAACCAGCGCCGAGCACGCUGCUCUAUUGCAUGUUGUGACGUAAUUGAGUUGCUUAAACUUGGAAACCAUGACAGGGCUCUUCUUAGGGUGGAGCAAGUGAUCAUGGAACAGAAUAUGUUGGAUGUGUUUGUUAUUAUUGAAGGCUAUUGUCAUCUUCUGAAAGAGAGGGCCAACCUCAUACAACAAGAAAAAGUAUGUCCCGAUGAGUUGAAAGAAGCUGUAUCAAGCUUAGUUUAUGCAGCCAUAAGGUGCGGGGAACUCCCAGAACUUCAAGAGAUACGAGCAAUUUUAACGUCGCAAUUUGGGAAAGAAUUUGCAGCUAUAGCUACUGAAUUGCAGCACGGAUGCGUAGUUAAUCCUCAGAUCAUACAGAAGUUGUCAACUAGGGUGCUAAGUUUGGAGAACAAAAUGAAGGUACUUGAGGAGAUUGGCUCAGAAUACAACAUUGAUCCACAAAUUGAAAAGGCUGCUUCAGUCCUUGUAGUGGAAAAUCUAGAAUCAGGCAUAGAGAAUCAGCAAAAGCCAUACCCAUUGACCAAAUCAGGAGUCUGUAAUCCAGAUAAAAAUAUGCCAACACUGCCUGAAGUCAUGGAAAUGGUUGAAGUUUUAUCUGAUUCAGUGUACACUGAUGUAGUUGAUGCAGCCCAAGAAGCCUUCCAGUAUGCAUCUUAUGCAGCAGCAGCCGCGAGGGCUGCUGUGGAACUAUCUCAAUCUGAAUCAACUAAUCUGAUGGUAGUAGCAGUCCCAUUGUCCGGGCAAUAAUUGAGCCUAUGAACUCUAAACUUCUUACUAGGGGGAAGAAAGUGGUUGUCGGAUUGUGGAUGCAAAAGUUGAACUGAGAUUCAAGAAAAUCCACCCAAUUCAAAACUACAGUUCCAAUUCUAGUACGGAGAGAAAGAUAGAACAGUAACUAAGAAUGGAACAGAAUUUAAGGUAUUGCUAUCUGGUUCAAGAUCUGACUCAUUAGACGACGAUGUCAAUGAAACUAAUAUAUCCUUCGGUAAAGAGGGUCGACUGGGGAGGGAGAUAGUAUUUGAUGACAGAGAUGAUGUAACUGCAUAUAUAAGCAGAACAUCAAGAUCAGAGACUUAUUUCAUGAAUACCACUAUAAAGGAUGAUAUCUCGGAAGGGGGUAGCAAAAAACCUUAUUGUUAAUCUUACAAGAGUUUUCCUUUUAAGAUCUCAAACUGGAUUGAAAAUGGAGUCCAGGCCUGAAAAUUCUCAGAAGCACUUUACUGAAGAAGUCAGGACUCUAGAUGCAGAGCAUUUGAACAUCAAUAACAGACCAACCUCUGUAAGGUCUAGAUGAACAUAUGACCUGUAACAACCAUAUAAACUAUAGAAGAUGCUAUAUAAUAGCACUGCAACUACUUUUGAGAGUUUGGUGAAAAUAGCAAGUACUUUUUUCUCAUCAUGAUAUUUCUUGAAAACUAUGUAAUGGUUUUGAUGGAUGGCACUUUAUUCUUUUAUUUAUUUUUUCCCCCCAAUGUAAAGCACGAUACUCCCAAUAACAUCUGCCAUAUAAGAAAAGAA